AUGGCUCUGAUGUAUGUCUUAGUUGAAGAGUUGCAGAAGCACCAUACUACAGUUGCAAUCAGAUUGAGGGCCGUGUGCACCUACAAUGUUUUGCACAGUAGAGGAAGAGAUCAAAUCAAGUCAAGAGAGUGUGUCUUCCAUGAUGAAGCGGGUUCCUACAUUCACAUGCAUAUUCCAGGAAAGAGUGUUUCUCCUUUGAAUGAUUUUGUAGAGGGAAAUGUGUAUUGUAUAAAAAAUUUUCUGGUAGUUGCUCAUUGGUAUUGCUAUAAGACAUGUCAUGGUGAGUACAUGAUGCAAUUUUAUUCUGAAACAUUGGUCAAAGAUUAUAAAGGAUGUGAUUUUCCAAGGAAUAUGUAUCGACUACAACCAUUUGAAAGUUUGAACACACUGGAUGCAAAUGUUUUGGUUGAUGUCAUUGGCCGUGUAGUUGAAAUAUACUCUCUAUUGGAGAAGAUGAUUAAUGGGAGACCCUCUUGGUUGAUAGAUUUUCUGAUUGAAGAUUUGAAGGGUAAUCAAGUGAAAUGCACUGUUUGGGAUGACCAUGUAGAGAAAGUGAAGCCUUUUUUUAGAAGUGAUCUUUUGGAUCCAGUGGUUGUUCUAAUUCAGAUGGGUCGGAUUAAGCUGGUCGAAAAGUCUAUGGUUGUUGUUUCUUUAAGAGCUUUGGGUUGCUGCAAUAUCUACCUCAUGUUCCUACCUGAGUAUCUGAAGUACUCUGGAGAAGUAAAAAUUUGCAGUUCUUAUGAUGCUACAAAUUUGCUAUUCAACCAAAACACUGUGGAGUUUGUGGAAUUCAGAGAAAGUCUAUGUAUGCAGCAGCAAACACCUUUGAAGAGCAUUACAUCGAAUUCUACUUUCAGUUAUGGUACUACAAGUGGAGGGGACUUAAGCAGUUCAAAAAUGCAAAUCACAACAUUAUCUGAGAUCUUUUCUAAAAGAGAGACUGGUGAUUUUUGGGUACCAUGCAAGAUUAUAGGUAUUGAGUCUGAUCCCAAUGAUUGGUAUUACGACUCUUGCCCUCAACAAAACUAUAAUAAGAAGUUGGAAUUCAAGUCUGGAAUGUAUGAUUGUGGGAAAUGUGGUGGUCGGUUUAUUAAAGCCCCACUCCUUUUAUGCGACCGUGAAGUUCUUGAGUUGUUGUGUGUAAAGGCAGAUGAAUUGAAAGCUAUGCAGCCAUUUGUAAUGACCAAGAUUCCUAAAGACAUCAGGAAUUUAAAAGGGAGAGGUCUGUUAUUUAAGCUUGCUGUGAGAAGUGAUCAAUUCAAUAACCUAAAUAAUGCAGUACCAGUAAUGCAAGUCAAACACUUUCCUGAAAUGUUUGAAAACUACUAUCCUGGGCUAAUCAAGCAUAACGAUGAUGAAUUUUGUUCCAAGCUACAACUUAUAGAGGAUGACUCAGACUCAGAUGAGGGUUUUUUUUUUUCAGAUGAUCCUACAGAAAGUCCAAUUGGUACUGCUUCUGGAAAGCAGAAUGUAGCUGUGAAUGAAACGGAAGCAGUGAAGCGAAGUCUGCUGGAUGAAUUUUCAAGUACACAAACAUCAAAGAAGAAGAAACAAAUUGUAGUGAAAGAGGAGAAGAAUGAGAAAGAACCUACUGGUGAACAAUGA